ACCAGCGAGGGAGAAUAAAUAAACAAGCAUGUCAACUUUUCAUGAUCUAGCAAAAGCAAAGCCCGUCUUCGGUAUGUUUGUAGAUGAGAUUUAAAUUCGGACCACAUCGGCUGUUAGGUAUAAAAUAACGUUUUAGGAAAGGAAAUGGCGUCCAAUAUCAAAGAUAAAGAAGCUUUUCAGAGACUGAACUUCCUCUAUCAAGCUGCACAUUGUGUAUUGGCCCAAAACCCGGAGAACACUGAACUGGCCCGAUUUUACUGCUUCACCCAGAAGACCAUAGCCAAACGCCUGGUCCUGAGGCAAGAUCCCUCUGUGAAAAGGACCAUGUGUAGGAAAUGUUGUGCUUUACUAAUAUCCGGAGUUACAUCAACUGUCAGACAGAGAAAAGGUUCUCAAAAGCAGCGUGCAACGCUAAUACGAUGUCUCAGCUGUGGGCAAACUAAAAAGUUUCCUAACAACCCAAAACAUCAGUUGUGGGUGGACCAACCAGAGGCUCAGUUAGAGAAUCAGACUCAGCCAGAAGCCAAUCCAUCGUCCAAAUAUUUGACCAAGAAAGAUAACCCUGAUAAGUCGAAUACAGUGGAUUCAGUGAAGCAGGAUGCAGCCUAUUAAGUUCAACCACUGAACUCCUUUAUUCUCUCACUACAGACAGCAGCAUUGGAAUCAUUCCAACCUGAUGCUUAGUUAAAUAUACAUUUUAGACAGCAACAAAUACUUGAGUUGGAAGAUUCAUGUAAUACACAGUGUACUGUAAGAUCUGUUACACAAGAAACAGCACACUUAAUCUAUUUAUUUAGGAUU